AUGACCAAAUCAGGAUUAAUACCACAUGGACUAAGAUUUGUUUUACGUCGAUUGGAACGUCAUUAUAACUGUGAUAUUAUACGAUAUUCAUUCACAACACAUUGCUGUGCAGUUAAUAUAAACGGUUCUGCAAAUGCCCAAUUGAAGUUCGAAAGUGGUCGAUUGGCCAAAUUUGCUGAUGGAUCUGCAGUUGUUUCGCUAGGCAAUAAUGCGGUUUGUUCCGAAUUCUAUUGCAGUCAUGCAUUGUUCUANUUUGCUGAUGGAUCUGCAGUUGUUUCGCUAGGCAAUAAUGCGAUAUUAGCGACAGCUGUAAGUAAUGCAGAUUCAUCGCCGUCACCGAAUUCCUUUCUUCCGUUAACCGUCGAUUUCAAACAAAGUGCUUCGGCAGUCGGUCGAAUUCCGAUGAAUUACUUGAGACGAGAAUUGCAACAGACCGAUUCUGAUAUUCUGACUUCACGGCUCAUCGAUCGAUCCAUUCGACCGUUAUUCCCAAAACAAUUCAAUAAUGAAACUCAAAUAGUGAUAAACCCGUCGAGGGACGCAUUGAAGAAAGCGAAAUUAAAUAUGGUGUUGAGUGGCUGCGCGAAUGGUGAGCGGAUUUUAAUGAUCGACAUGGAUGCGUGUGAAGUGGACGCACGGUUGCUUAAUGAGUGUAUCGAUAGCGGGUUGAAUGCGAUCACUCGUAUCAUAAAUGCCAUCAACGAAAUUGCUUCGAAGGCGGGAAGACCGAAGCUCGAAUUAAUAGAGCCAGAAUGUGAUGAUGAAUUAAUGGAAGAGAUAACAAAGCUGAGUAGUGAACGUCUGUAUUAUAUACUGACCGAUGCAAGUCACGAUAAAACGUCUCGUGAUAAGGCUAUCGCUGAACUACGUGAUGAGAUCGUUAAUGCAUUUGCUCAUGAAGAAACUUCAUUCGUUAAACACUUAUUCUCUAAGUUCACGAAGAAAACAUUGCGAGAUAUUGUGAUGGAAACAAACGUUCGAUGUGAUGGACGUGGCUUGGAGGAUUUUCGACCGAUCAAUAUUGAAGUGAACUUGUUUGAUAAGUUGCAUGGCUCUGCGUUGUUUCAGCGUGGUCAGACUCAGGUAAUGGGAACAGUGACGUUUGAUUCACCAUCAGCUGCAUUUCAUCCAGAUUCCAUAUCACAAUUGCUCGGUGCACAACGUCGCAAGAUGUUCAUGUUGAAUUAUGAAUUUCCACCUUAUGCCGUCAAUGAGAUAUCGACAUCCAAGCGAUUGAAUCGACGUGAAUUAGGUCAUGGAGCAUUAGCCGAAAAGGCUUUAUCACAUCUCAUUCCUCAUAAUUUUCCAUAUAGUAUUCGACUGGCCUGUCAGGUGUUAGAGUCGAACGGUUCAUCUUCGAUGGCAUCGGUAUGCGUCGGAAGUUUGGCGUUAAUGGAUGCAGGUGUUCCGCUGAGGUCACCUGCCGCAGGUGUUGCGAUUGGCUUGAUUACGAAUGAUGAGGAUUGUUCUGAUUAUCGAAUACUCACUGAUAUUCUCGGUAUUGAAGAUUAUGCUGGUGAUAUGGAUUUAAAAAUUGCUGGCACAUCCAAUGGUCUAACAGCAAUGCAGCUCGAUUUGAAAAUAGCUGGAUUGAAUCGCAAAAUUUUGACUGAAGCAAUCGAUCGCGGUCAAGAGGGUAUAGCGCACGUGUUAUCAAUAAUGAAUGAAGCACAGAAAGGACCAAGAAGCGAGUUCAAGGAUUGUGUUCCAGUUAUUGAGAAUAUUUCUAUACCAAUUUUUAGAAGGCAUAUUCUAUUCAGAAGUGGUGCAUAUAACGCCAAAUUAAUUGAAGCCGAAACUGGUGUCAAGAUUAAUAUAGAGGAUGAUGCAAAUAUCAGUUUAACAGCACCAAAUAAAUCAAAACUGGGUGAAGCGAAAGAUAUGAUGGAAAGAAUGUUUGCGGAUGAGAGUGAUAUUGAAUUGAAUUUUGGUGCAAUAUAUAAGGCGGAGAUUGUUGAAAUUCUCGAGAAUGGAGUUAUGGUGACGCUGAAGAAGGGAAUGCGUCCAAUGUUUCUCAAAAACAGCAACCUGGAUGCAAGACGUGUAGCGCAUGCGAGCGCUCUUGGUCUUGAAGUUGGUUCAUUGAUUACGGUACAGUAUUUGGGAAGAGAUUCUGCAACAGGCCAUCAUCGUAUCUCAAGAAAAACUUUGCAAUCCGCCACACUUCCACUUCAAAAUCUCACUCGAAAAUAG